GACGUCACAAACAGGCGCAGGUGUUGCUAUCAACUGGCCUCAGUCGUCACAUACUGAAACACGUGCCCGGCAACAAUGAAGGCUCUCCUGUUCCUUCCAUGUCUCGUCCUGGCGGUCAGCGCCAAAAUAACGCAAUUUACAUGGAGUGAUUGUGAUGCGGGUGAUUCCAACCGGGCUGUGAAGUUCCUGGAACUCUCGGUGUCCCCCAUGCCGGUGAAGACGCCGGGGGGAUCUGGUCCUCCACGUCAAGGCUCAGGUCACCAAAAGUAUGCCUAAGUGGAGCCUCAAGUUGAGCGUUAAGCGUCAUACAUUCGUCGCAACUGUACUGGUGCCGUGUACCGAGAACAUCGGGUCUUGCACAUAUGACGGUUGUACAAUCCUGGACACAUUGACCGGCGAUGCAGCUCAGAAGUCUGUCGUAUCUCAGGUCAAGAAGAUGCUGUCGGAUAACAGUUUCAGCCCGGACUGCCCAAUAGCAGCCCAGAGCCUGAAUGUGCAGACCUUCACUCUCAAAAUCCCAGAACUUGGCAAGGCAGCGGAUAUUCUGGCUGAUGGUGACUACACAAUCGAGGGCCGCGCCCUGAAUCCCGAUACUGGGGAGUUGUAUGGGUGUUUGCACUUUGAUGCUUCCAUACAGCGAGCGUGUACCGGCUGGCUCUGCUCGGGGAGACGGAGAAGACUCGCGUAAAAUAAUCGGUUGGAAUUUGUAUUCAAUGGUAAUUUGAUUAUUUAAUAAACACUCUGAUGAAGGAAAA